GCGGUAGACACAUGCAAGCUGUUUGUGAUCCGCCAUGUAAACUGAGAAGAAGAAGGAGGAGAAGUGGGUGAAAGGUGGAGAAGACGACAGGCUGUCAUUCGUAAACACAAACUGUCUGAACAGAUCUGUCACCUUUUCCCUUCGGCACAAAUCUGACGAUGCUGCAGAACACGGGGAAGUUAGCUGGCUGUACGCUCUUCAUCACUGGAGGAAGUCGAGGGAUUGGCAAAGCCAUCGCUCUGAAAGCUGCCAGAGAUGGUGCCAACGUCAUAAUUGCAGCCAAGACCGCCGUGCCCCACCCCAAACUUCCAGGAACCAUCCACAGCGCUGCUCAGGAGGUGGAGGCUGCAGGUGGGAAGGCGUUGGCCUGUGUCGUCGACAUUCGGGACGAGCAGCAAAUCAAAGAUGCAGUUCAGAAAGCCGUCAACAAGUUUGGAGGAAUCGACAUCCUGGUGAACAACGCGAGUGCCAUCAGUCUGACAGGAACUCUGGAGACGCCCAUGAAGAAGGUUGACCUGAUGCUGGGAAUCAACCUGAGAGGAACGUACCUGACGUCCAAGCUGGUCAUCCCUCACCUGCUGAAGAGUCGCAGUCCUCACAUCUUGAAUCUGUCGCCUCCACUUAACCUCAACCCCAUCUGGUUCAAGAACCACACAGCGUACACGAUGGCGAAAUACGGCAUGUCCAUGUGCGUCCUGGGAAUGGCCGAAGAGUUCAGAGGUCAAAUUGCUGUCAACGCCCUCUGGCCCAGAACUGCGAUCCAGACUGCAGCGAUGGACAUGUUGGGCGGAGAGGGCAUCGGGAAACAGUGUCGUACGGCUGACAUCAUGGCCGACGCCGCCUACGCCAUUCUGUCCCGACCGAAGGACUACACGGGUCACUUCCUGGUGGAUGAGGAUGUCCUGAAAGAGGAGGGACUCCAAGACUUCGAUCAGUAUGCUGUCGAGCCUGGUCACCCCCUGCUGCCAGACUUCUUCUUGGACGAUGCCCCCGAGACACUGGUCAAAAAGAUGGAGCAAUACGGGGCGACCCCUGCCUUCACACCAACACCAUCAUCCCCGUCGGCCACGCCCCCCUCCGGUGGACCAAUAGAAAGCACGUUUGACGUCAUCAGAGGAGUCAUCAAUGAAGACGUUGUUAAUUCGACACAGGGCAUUUACCAGUUCGAUCUAUCAGGAGAACACGCGGGCGUUUGGUUCCUGGACCUGAAGAGCGGAUCUGGUGGCACAGGGCAGGGCCCGCCUCCCGUCAAAGCCGAUGUUGUCAUGACAAUGGACUCCAGUGACUUCAGCAAAAUGUUUGCAGGGAAACUUAAGCCGACGCUGGCCUUCAUGUCGGGGAAGCUGCGGAUCAAAGGCGACAUGACGCUCGCCAUCAAACUGGAGAAACUCAUGAGCCGCAUGAACAAGGCCAAACUGUGAGACUGAGGCCCCGCCCCCAGCUCAUCUCAGGCCACACCCACUUCCUGUUUGUAACUGUUCAUGUUGCCUUAGUAACAAUAACAUUAAUAAAUCUACCUUGAUCAUAAA